UAGCAAAGAUCAUUCAAAUUAAAGAAAAUAUAGGUCUGUAAAAUACUUCCUAGAUACACCAAAACAAGAGGUCUGUUGUAACUCCACUGCUCAUUGAUGAGUAUUAAUUUUAAACACAAGGGGAGAUAUGGGUUCCAUAAGUAAUCCCUGGGUAUUUUGCCAAAACUUGUCCACAGUUAUCGUAUCCUGUACACUGUUAAUUCGGGUUUUGUCGAUUGGUUACGUCAUUUGUGGUUUCGUAAUAAAGUUCCAAGAUCCUCUACUACUGUACAAUGUGAUCCCAACAGUGAAUGAGUGCAAGCUGGGAAUUUUUCCACUAGGGUCUUUUCUAAAUGCGCUCAUAUUCGCCCCGACACCUGUUAUGAUAUUCAGUUUGCUGAAUUCAGUGAUCACAUACCUCGGCAUUUACAGGAGAAGGAAUCAGUACUUACAGAAAAGUACAACGAUUAGCCUCUUGAAUCUGAUAUGGUAUGUAGUUUUAAUUGGGCUCUGGUCAUGGCUGAUUAAUGAGAUUCAGACUCACAAUGAUAUCAAGGAGUGUUACGCAAUGAAGUGGGAACAAAAUAGAAAGUAUUGGAAUUUCAUACCUAUGUUUAACGUUUCGGAGUGCUGUGGGGUAGAUAGACCAACAACUCCACCACCUGGCUCAACGUCUUCACCCACUGAGUGUCCCUUUUCUAAGGGUUGUUUUGAUAUCUUUUCGAACAAGAUACAUAUGUAUGGAAGGUUGUACAUAGCAGCGCUCGUUGUGAAUUGUAUUACAGAGAUUGUUAUGAUAGUAGGAACAAGUUAUCUUCAUGGCCUCUAUGCAAUUCUCCCCAAAUCAACAUCAGAAAAAACUAUUGAUUUAAAGGAAAUGCACAAACUCAGAAACGGAGCAAUCGUUUCCAUGUGCCUUUCUCUCAAAGAAAACUGGACAAGAAACAAGCUCUCAUCAUGUUUCGGAUAUAUGUCAGUGUUUUCCUUGGCAAUAGACGGCACGAUUAUCCUAGCUAUCUGUCUCUCGAGAUACAACUAUUACGACCUAACAUUAACGGAUGGAUUCUAUCAAAUCAGUGGACCAAACAAUAUGAACAUGGGUUACACAAAAGAUGCACUGUUAAUUACAACUAUGUGUGUUAUGAUAUGGUCAAUAUUAGCAAAAUCUUUAUCUCUGGGUGGAAUGCGCUUAAUGAAAAGAUGGUUAUUUGUUUUGUACAUCAUUUCUGAAAUCAUAGCGAUGUUGGUAGACUGUAUAGUUUUAAUAUUUGACGUCUUCCUAAUAAGAGCGUUGUAUUGCUGUCUUUGGAAAGAUAGUUCCGAAUGCAGCGAAUAUACCUAUCCUACAUCAACGGUUUCUACGAUAUAUUAUGUUUGUGAAAAUUGGAGAGGAGGUGCAUUCUUCGUUUGGAUAUCCACAGGAAUUUUCAUUUUUCAUAUUUUUCUGAAGGUUGUACUAUUUGUUCUAUCAGUUAAAAUUGUAAGAGGGUUUAGGAGAACGAGAGUAGGGAUCGAUGAAGAAAACAAAAGUAUUUUAAAAGAAAGAAAUCAACAGCCAUCUUUCGAAAUCGAAAAUAAGAAAAAUUUAGCUAAUAAAAUGGAAAAAGGUACCAGCAGGAAAAACAUUGACAAAAGUGAGAAAAUUGCCCUCGAAUCUGAAAAUAAAAUGCUUUCAAACAUAAGUACCAAAGAAAAGUUAAACCAGCAACAACAGGAAUUAAUUUCUGUAAAGAAGAAAAAGUUGAACAAGGGACAGAGCGAGUUAAACUCUGAAAAGAAGAAAAAGAAAAAGAAGAAGAAGAAAAGUAAUCUUCCAAGGGAAACAACUGAGGAAAAACUCAACAGUUAUAGCAUUGACAAAAACGAAAGUAUAGUUCUGGAGUCUAAAGAUAACGUUCUUUCAAACGAAAGCACCGAACAAAAGUUGAACGAUCAAGGAUACGAAUUAAAGCCUGAAAACAAGAAAAAGAAGAAAAAGAGGAAAAAGGGGAAGAAAAAAAGAGUUACUGUAGUAGAAUUACAAGAACUGUAGUAGAAGUAGAACUAGUGACAAGGUGUCCUAGCAGUUUAAAAAAUCAGUUCACCAAAAUGUUUCGAGGAUGCUCCUAACCCAAAAGGCCGUAAUAACUGGAUGUAAUAUUAUACAUAGGGUAUCAGCAUAGAGAGGCCAUUAGAAUUUUUUCAUUCAAUUAUUAAGUAAAAAAUUAAAGAAAUGCAUUGUUUAUUUAUUAAAAGCUUUUUAAAUAUGAGUUUUAGUGUAUCCAGUAAAAGAAAUAAUGUGUGUGAAAGUAAAUAGCAACGCUUCUGAUUUACACCGCAGGUGCGUGUGGAUAAAUCUUUAAUCCGCCUCAGGUUGCAAACAAAAUGGCGUCUUACAAGCAAGCAGACGCUCGGUUUUCUUUCUUAAAUAUUGUUUAGUAGGAAUUGUAUCUUGCGUAUUUUUGUCAAAUAUCAUAACACGGAGGUAAAAAUUCUUCGAAUUUGGACCUAAACAAAAAAUGCCCUGUCAUUAAAGUGGAUUACAAGUCAAAGAUUCAGUGGCAUGUGUCAUCGCACGGAUACAGCUGAGAUACGUUUUCAUAGGCUUACCUUUGUUAAGGUGAGUUCCGAACUGUUUGAAGUAGAUUUUCUUCAUUCCGAAUUCUUAUAGUGUCUUAAAAAUUCUAAUAUUUAUUUAUUUUGGUUUGUAACUGAAAACUACGAAUAAAUAGCGGAAAUCUUGCUGUUUUUAUAACAAUCGGCAAUAAUGGGUACUCGGCAAUAAUGGGUACUCGCACGUUAU